UAUUAAGCUGAUUGCAUUAUCGGAUCAGACUUAACCUGCAGUCCUACAAUAUAGAGUUAAGUACACAUAGUUUAUGCUUUUUUCAGGCAAGCAUUAGCUGGCAGUGUAGUUGGCUAACUUGCCAAUUUACAAUCAACAGCAGCUUUGUUAUUUCAUUUGAUCCUGGGUUUUCUGUAAGGAACGAAAGCAGACGAUUUCUGAAAUGUCUUCAGACGAAGACAGGGCCAAGGAAAUUUUGAAGGGCUUCAAACUAAACUGGAUGAAUCUUCGAGAUGCAGAGACAGGCAAAGUGCUUUGGCAGGGAACUGAGGACCUCUCUGUACCAGGAGUAGAGCAUGAAGCUCGCGUCCCGAAGAAGAUCCUGAAGUGUAAAGCAGUAUCAAGAGAACUGAACUUCUCCUCCUCAGAAAAGCUGGAGAAGUUCAGACUGGAGCAGAAAGUUUUCUUCAAAGGACAAUGUCUAGAAGAAUGGUUCUUUGAGUUUGGCUUUGUUAUCCCAAACUCCACCAAUACAUGGCAGUCUCUGAUAGAAGCAGCUCCAGAGUCCCAGAUGAUGCCAGCCAAUGUUUUAACUGGUAAUGUGAUCAUAGAGACCAAGUUCUUCGAUGAUGACCUCCAUGUCAGUACCUCCAGGGUACGACUUUUCUACGUCUGACCUCUGACCUCUGACUCUACCUUCCAAGAUGCUGAUGUCCUGCCAAGGUCUAUAAAUUACCAAGGUUAGCUACAAUUUGCAGCAGUAAACCGCUCAUUGCUGACUUGGGAUCAGUACAUUUGGGUGAAACCCAACUGUGGUCCCACACUCAGUGACGUGAGCUUUGUGUUUGGUUGUUCUCUUGUUUUGUGUUGACCGGGAAACUUCUUCUAGACCUUGGGAGAGGAAGAAGGGGAUCGAGCACUCUGUUGUUUCCUCUUUUCCAAAAUCAUCUCUCUCUGAUUUUACCCCCCAGACUGUUCCACUGUAAAUACAUUACCAUUGAUCUCAAGUCAUCCAGGGAGCCACUCUGAAGUUACACAAUUCAUGUUUUAUUUUUUUAUUAUUCUGCCCUCUCUCACUCCAAGGUUGCAUUUACUCAGGAACAGAAUACCAGACUUAUAACUUGUCUGAUCUGAUCUUCUCCUUUCUGUCUCAACUUGGAAACACUGCUCUCCAUGUGUUGUCUGUUUUAAACACAAGCUGUGUGUCAAGGAAGGAUGCAGCUCAGUGUCUGUCCUGAGUUUUGUUCAAAGGGUCUUUAUCAUAAAACACUAGGUAACAUUUCCUCUAGCUGUGUCCCAUCCCAGAGUCUUCCUCCUGUGAAGUCCACAUUUCCUGACAGAGUUUAUCAUCAUGGGUAAGUAAGGCUGCCCAAUUUAUCAAAAUAUUAUCGAAAUUCCAAUAUGGUCAAGUGCAAUAUCCAAAUCGCAGAAGCUACAAUAAAAAAAAAAAAAGGUCAAAUGUGUUACAAACAGCAUUAUAAUUAAGUUUUAUAGUGCUGCAGAGAUGCUCUGGCCUAUAUAUCCAAUUGUAAGCAUGUUUGUUUGGUACAGACCCCAAGAAAUGUAACAACAUCAUGUUUUUAAUAGUUUUUUUCACUAAAAAAGGAAAAUUGUGAUACAAAAAUUAUCAUUCCUGCUAAUUGAGAUUCAUCACAGUAUGAUUUGUUUUACUAUAUUGUGCAGCCCUACACAACAGGUGAACUGUUUGUAGUCCUCAGUAUCCCAGAAUCCUUUGCACUGGUCAGUUUUUGUCUACUUGUAAAGUCAGAAAAUGUUAUCAGAAAAAUGGCAGUUAAUGGAUAUAUUUUGACAUAUUUACUUGGUUGGCCAACAAUUCAACUCUGAAAUUUCCAGUUUUAUGAGUUGACAAGGACUGCCUAGAUGCAGGCACUAUUAAUGGUGGUCUCUGUGAGGCCAAGUAUUGAAACUGUUGAUGUAGCUUUAGUCCUCUGAAGGACACACCUUUGCAGGCAGCCUCUGAAGUGGGACACAGCUUCUGCCAACUAAACCUUUCCUGGUUUCUGACUGUGUUAACUAGUGUAGAACAGUGAGGUGUAAUGGAGGACCAAGCACCUUUUUUUUAUUCCAGUCCACCACAAGAGUCACUGGGUCGCCUCUUGUUUGUUUGCUGUUUGGAAGAAAAAUCUGCACAAUGUUGUCAAAAUGUUUGAAAAGCACUGUGUUUGAGGGACAUCCAUCAGCAAUCAGGAGGGGGUUUUGUUACAUUCUUUAUUUUGCUUGUAUUUACUUUCAGAGGUGAAAUAUACAACUUUCAGUCAGUGUAGACUAAGAUAAUUUCUUUAUCUUUUUCAUUUAUUUAUUCUUAAUAGUUAACAGCUUACAGUUUUAUCCCAACUAUACCCAAAUGUUAACAGCUGCUUAAGGUCUUUAACGCGGCUCUGCUCUGUACAUCCUGGCUAUAUUUUGAACUUUGACUUUCCAUCUAAUUCACUGUGUUCAUGUCAUUGGUUGUUUUUUCUUAGCUGUUAACUGAGCUGUGUAAAAUAGACUUGUGUUUUAAUAUGACAGGAGUUAUGGAUUAAAGUCAUCCAAUGUUGUAAUAACAA